UGCCAAAUUCUUUGAUCCUGGAGACCUAAUUGCUAAGCCAGUGUUGCUACCCGCAAUCACACCAGUACCAGAAACAGGGAAUUACCUUGUCGCUCAAGCGACGAGCGUGCCGAGUGAACGCAUAUUUUCGAUUGCAAAGCAUACUGUGCUCCGAACUGUUAUUUCUAAUUCCACCUCCUCUGAUUGGAAAAAUAAUAUCAAAGGCAAAAUAUUUGCCAUUGGUAUAUUCAAAUCCUAUUUCAGGGACGUCAACAAAGAUAACGAGAAAUACUUGUUGGAUUACAUUCUCGUUUGUUGUGCACAGAAGAAACGAAACCAGCACCAAGAACAACAACCACAAGAAAAUAAUGAAGACGAUCAAAACAUUGUAAUUGAUCAAGAAUAG